CACCUGGGAAUACAUAUGUUGGUGCCGAUUGCAUCAUAGACCCGCGGCUAUAAGUAGUAGGAUCACUAACCUAGCCCUCAGAAGGUGUCGAUGGCUAUCUUCCAACCACCCCCAGGGAUCGUGUAUCUGUUCAGGACUGUCAUCUCCGUCCUGAUUCUUCCUUGUUCAGCUUUCUGGGCUCUCCAAGCUGGACUACGACAGUUCGAUGUCAUUCUCUCUUCAUGGCUGUACUUGGUCGCUCCCUUGUGCCAGCUUAUCGUCAGUAUCUUCUGGAACUUGCUGUCCAGAUUUUUCGUACUUCGGGAUGCUGCCGCCAAGGGGGCCGUCAUGAUGCCCUCUGUUCAAGAGACUAGUAUCUCUAUCGUACGAAGUAUGCUUCAUAGCUUCAAAAAUGGAUAUCCAGCUGAAAGGAUCCAAAAAUGGAGUGAGGAGUAUGGAAACACUUUCUCUUUCAGUCUGUUUUCAGAGACGCGGAUGGUCACGCUGGAACCAGAGCAUGUCAAGGCCAUCCUAGCUACCCAAUUUCAAGACUUCCAGAAAGGUCCUGUCACUUAUGCCACGUUCGAGUCUCUUCUUGGUGCCGGUGUUUUUAACUCUGACGGUGACAUGUGGAAAUUUCACCGGAACAUGACAAGGCCGCUUUUCAAUAAAGACCGCAUCAGUGAUUUCGACAACUUUGAGCGGCAUGCUGCAGGUACAAUCGCCCAAAUCAAAACUAGGUUGCGGGAAGGCUAUCCUGUCGAUUUCCAGGAUGUCGUCGCCCGAUUCACUUUGGAUUCAGCCACUGAGUAUCUGUUCGGAAAGGACGUCAAUUCGAUGUCGGCUGGUCUACCUUAUCCAGCUGGCUCUCCUUUGGCGGAUCAUCCCCAUUUCGUCAAUCAUCCUUCUAACGCAUUCGUCAAGGCGUUUGCUAAAGGGCAAGAGCAGAGUGCUGUUCGACUCCAAGGAGGACGAACUUGGCCGCUCCGUGAAUUCUGGGCAGAUGCCGUUAAGUCAUCGCGAACGGUUGUUGACGAAUUUGUUCAGCCCAUGCUAGCGGAAGCUCUUGAGAAGAAGGCAAAGGGCAUCAAGAUUUCCAGUUCCGAGAAAGCUAUUGGGGAGAAUAUGUCCUUGUUGGACAGUCUUGUGGAAAAUACCGAUAAUACCAAAGUAAUCAAAGACGAGCUCCUGAACAUCCUUGUGGCUGGAAGAGACACGACUGCUUCCCUUCUCACCUUUGCAGUAUACAUGAUGUGCGAGCAUCCAGAUAUGGCUGCUCGCCUACGCUCAGAGAUGCUGGCGAAGGUUGGUACACGACGGCCAACGUAUGCGGAUAUUCGUGACAUGAAAUAUUUACGAGCAUUUUUAAACGAAACUUUGCGGCUGUAUCCACCUGUCCCGGGAAAUUCUCGAACUUCCGAGGUGGCGACCACCCUUCCGAACAAAGGGAGCGCACCAUAUUAUGUUCCGAAGGACACGAGAGUAGUGUAUUCUGUAUUCUUAAUGCACCGACGGACGGACUUGUGGGGUCCGGACGCUCUUGAAUUCGAUCCAGACCGUUUCCUCGACAGUCGUCUGCACAAGUACUUAACUCCGAACCCUUUUAUUUUCGUCCCAUUCAAUGCGGGUCCAAGAAUAUGCUUGGGCCAACAGUUCGCUUACAACGAAGCCUCGUAUUACCUUAUUCGACUGCUACAGACAUUCUCUUCUUUCAGUCUUGCCAUGGACGCUCAGCCAGCUGAGGGCGUUCCGCCGGCGAGUUGGGUAAAGUCUUCUGGAACGACCAAAGGCAGGGACAAGAUAAUGUUUGGAUUGCACCUAACGAUGUACGCUAAGGCUGGUAUGUGGGUUAGAAUGGAAGAGGCAAAGGACGAUGAUUUGGAGGCGGCCUUAUGAGCACUUAUUCCGAGAAAUGUAGUUUACUUAAUGGAUAUACAAAGAUGAUACUAUCUUAUGAUUCUGACUGAAUUCUACAUAUAAUUCAUAUUCACUUUCUGGGGUGUG